AUGGCGACUCCCAGGUGUGAAAGCGGCGCGCAGUUACUUGCCCGCCUGGGUACAAAACCAGAUCUUAUGUAUGUAGAACCUCAUCUUCUACCCAGUGGUCCACAAAAGAGAGAUGUGAUAGAGUUAUAUGGUGAUGAAGGAUGCGGUAAAACAGAAAUGCUGCUCCACAUUAUCUUAAAUACCAUUCUCCCACGGAACUGGAGAGGAUUUUCUUUCUAUGGUCAAGAAGCUGGGAUAAUUUUGAUAGACACCGACUAUCACUUCUCCAUUUUGAGACUGUCAACACUGUUAGAAAACAGAGUUGAUAGAGUUGUCUCAGAAGCUACUGGACUCCAGAAAAAUGGAGACUUAAUACCCCAGAAUGGGGGUAUAACCAGUAAUACAGGGUACAAAGACUUACCAGAACAAGAAAAUCCGAAACUACCAACUCAAACUGACAAGGAAACUUUCAUAAAAUCAUGUCUCAAGCGUUUAUUUGUUUUCCGUUGUUCAAGUCCAACACAGCUUAUUGCCACACUCCAUUCUUUAGAUGCUCUGCUUUUGAAUAGACCAGAAAUAUGUAUUCUGAUGUUAGACAGUUUAUCUGCAUUCUAUUGGAUAGAUCACAGUAAUGGUUGUGACAGUGCAGUAGCAAGGGAGAGUAAUCAGAGACAAGUGUGCAAGAUUCUGAACAAACUCAUAACCUCGUAUAAUUUAGUAAUAUUUGCAACAAAACCAGCAAUCAUUCACAAAAGAAAUAACCUAGCAUUGGAUAAAACAGAGGAGAAAGAUUGCACUGGAAAUCCAAGUAUUCAAACUGGUGAUAAAUCUUCUGACCACUGUGAAUAUUUAUGUAAAGCCUGGCAGAAAAUGGUUUCUUCUAGGUGGUCAUUUAGCAAGGGACAAGGAAACAAAGUAAAACAAUCAGUAAAUGCACAAAUGUUUAUUUUAAAACUUUUCAACCUGACAUCCAGUUUUCUCUGUCAAGAGAAAUUCAUAGUUUCUGAAAAUGGAAUUGAAUAUAUUUGAAAACGGCAUAAUAUCAGUGUAAUAAAAUGCAAGAGCGCCAUUUAAAAAGUUAUUGGUGAGGUUUCCAAAUUAAAUGCAAGCAAUUUUAUACCAAUUUAAGCGUUUUAAUUUCUUUGCAAAAUACACUGCUACUGCUGUAUUUCUCAGUACAAAAGAAAUUCAAAAUAAUUGUCCAAUGUUUUUCUUAGACAUAAUUCAAUAUUCACAUAUAAUUACAGCCUACUUUGAAGUGAGAGUGAUAACAAAAUUUGUGAUUUAAGACAAUUGUUCUACUUUGUCAUGAUGAGUAAACUUGGUAUAUUGAUAUCUCUUUGUAGUAUUCAGUGAAGACAAUGAAGACUGGAACAUGCAAAUACGAAUGUAAUAUUUGCAAUUGGUCAACAGUGUUUUACUACAUAAUUGUUUAAGGGUUAAAAAGGCAAGUUGCAUCAAUUUUGUUAAAUUUCCAACCAAAAAUUUAAAGAAAGGAGCAGUCUAAAGUUCUUUUAUGGCUG